GUUUUGGGAGAGAAGGAAAAUAUUAAGAGUUUGUAGAGAGAUUAACGGGAAUCGUAAUUCGGCUGUUGGCCGCUUUAUUAUCGAACUUUUGACCUCGAGAAAACAUUCAGGAUACUACCCGUAGUGUUGAAAUUUGCUAUCUGGUGAAGACAUGGCGGAAGGGUCGCAGGACGGACUCAACUUACACAUGCCGAAAAAGGUUAGUGGCGCCGAUGAUACAAGUUUCACGUCGAUAUGUGUCAUGCGAUACUUCGACUCUGUUAUCGCCAAGUUUUCUUGGAAAUGAUGGGAAUUAUUGGUCAAGUCAAAGGACAUGGCAGUUUAUACAACUGAUCCUACACAGCAAUCACGGCUGCAGAAAACAGAGUGUUCCGCUGUCGAUGUAGUUUGUUGGACUCGAUAGGAGCCAUUUAUGUUGAUUGUAUUCAUUCUACAACCAACUCAUUCGUUAUUGAAUAAUUUUUGCGGAUUGACAGUUCAUCAGAUUUCAGCUCUCUGCUUUUGAUAAACUUAAAUAAAAGUUUGUCUAUUUUUUUGCCUUUUAAUUAAUGCUUUUAGGAUACUGUUUCUUGCAGCUCGAGGUAGUUUGUUAUGGUCCCAAGCUUCGUUUAUUUACUGUUUAAAUUUUAUUUCAAAUCGGGUAGAUUAUGCUAUCUCCCCUUUGACACUAAAUAUUUAUCUUUCCAAACGAUCUCUUUGGUUACUAGAACGUUAAUUAGAUUGUUUUUCCUUUAUUUCUCUUCUGAUAAGUUCUAUAACUCCAAAGGAGGUUAUGUUUUGCGUUACAUUUUGGGCUUACAAACAUUCUCGUUCAAACAGAUAUCUCCCCUUGAGUCAGGGCAAUAAUUGCCGCAUAUUGUAACGGUAGAUUGGGAGGUUUUAUACAAGAAUAUUUAGUUUAAGUUGUGUUAUGGUUUCAUGUUGAUUGAAAAGAAAUCUAUUGCACCAGACCACACGGGAGAAGUUUAAAUAGACUUAGAUGCUAUGUACAACUGUAAACAGCACAGCUGUGUAAAUUUCCUUAAUCGAAACUUCUGAGAUCCACAUCAGUACAUGAUGAGUUGAUUGAAAAAAGUUGAUCCCAGGUUAUAUGCUAUAAGAAGAUGUUCAAAUUAGAGGAAAGAAACAGCCUUAUGAUUCUUUCAGUUAAUUUUUGCAAAGGGUAUGUUCAUCAUGUGAUCAACUGAGGUAAGGUCUAUAAAAUGUUCAUAAUAACGUGACCAAUUUGAUAAGACAUUGCGAGUUGUUUUGAUUAUUCUGGGCAUUUUCAUAUCUUUACAUUUUAUUUCAUUUUGCUGCUUACAGCCUUUUUAUCACAUCAGAACUGUGUAUGUGAGUUAACGAUGAAAAUAUUGGUUUGACUAAACUGAAUCAAUAUAAGACACUUGAACAGACAAUAUGAUCUUAAUAAUUGUUUGGGUGGGCCUCAUUUCUAACAUUAUUCUUAUAUUUUCAAAAUUUCAUAAGAUUAAAUUAAAACUGAAAAUCUUAUCACCAAAAUCAAAUUCAUCACCAUUGGAGAAAUGUUAAAAAAAAAUUUGCUUCUUUUGUAUGAAAUAUUUUCUUUCAAGAACAAAUGAACAAUCAACAAGCAAGAAAUAUUUCUCUCAUUUUAAAAACAUGAUCCUCACAACAUUGUUUCAUGCCAUAUGCUGUAGCUAUCCAAGGUAAUCAGUGCCGAACAUCAAAGUUAAUGAGAAAGACCAGUCAAAAUGUCAUUCAAAACAAUUUUUUGUUCAUGUUUUGAUUGUACGUUUCUUCCCAAAAAACCUUACAUUAAUAAUUUUUGGUGGUAAUAGAAAUACUUUGUUUCCUGUGCUUGAAUUCUCAUUAAAUUGUAUGACUUUUAGACUGUUAUGAUAAUGACAUUCAAAUCUGAUUUGCAUUAAUAAAAUUAGAUCAUGCAUUUUGAUAGUACUUCCUUGUUGUAAUUAAACAAUUGCUACUUGAAACUGGAACCUUGAGUCUGAUAAGCUUUGAGAAUAGACAAGAGACUUUGGGUAUCAAAUUUCAAGUCUAGAGCUUCUAAUAUUUAUUGUACAUUUAAAGGAUUUGAAGCAACCAAACAGUUAAACAGUUUGAUCAAGUAAUCUGAUCUUCAGAAUGAAGAUAUCACCAACUAUUGUUGGUGACAGGGCAUGGUACUUGAAGAUCAAAGAGGAAGCCUUCUUGAGUCAGUUCAAUAAAAGAGGAUGAUGACUCAAAUCCUAAUUUUCAUAACUCAUAAGAGUUAUUUUUAAAUUUUAAUAGAAAGCAUAUGGAAUUUAUCCAAUAGAGUUGGAUCAUGGCAGUUUGAAAAUUGUUUCAACCAUCUGAUGACUUUGUGUAGAUAUUGCUGAAUAUUAUAUGUUGAUAAUUAUUUCCCUGAGGAAUUUUGUUUUGAAAAGGUAAAUACCUGUUUCUUAAAGUCUCAUUGACAUGCAUUGUCUUCUUUUGUAGUUUACUUUAGGCCACGAGAUGAAUGCAGGGGCCCCCUGCCUACAGUGUGGCCCUGUGAAAUGUGAAGGGGGAUUGGACCUGCAUUUCUGGAGGUUAGUUAUUACCAAUUAAAAAUGCUCUUCAUCGUGAGACAAUUUCUCUUUGUCAGCAUCUCAGGAAAUGUUAGGAGAACAGUAUGGAGAAUAUACAUACUGAUGUUUGGGUGUAAGGGGACUAGUAUACCUUGCAAAAGGCCUGGUAAUGAGUGUGGAUUCGUACACAUAGUUACUGCAUUUCUCUUUGGUUCAAGUGCACUUUUACAUAACUUGAAUACGGAUAGCAAAGUACAAAUUGAGGUUUUUUUUAAAGUUUAAUAAAUAUGCCAACAUUGUGCUUGAUACUCUGAUGAAAGCAUUAUUCCCAAAAUUAUGCUGGCAUAAUUUAUCUGACACCAAUUAUUACUGAAGAAAUUUAAAAUGGUUUCCAUGUUUACAAUCAGCAUGCGUACUAUUUGAAUUAUUUUAUAAUUUUAUUUGUCAAUCAACAGAAAAAUCUGCAAGACAUGCAAAUGUAAGCCAGAGGAACAUGAUAUCAAGAGUGUGGAAGAGGCUGCACACAAACUGGUUGUACACAGCUUAUUUUCUAAAGACUCACCCCAGGGACACAUCCGUGACUACUUCCGUAAACUGGAGGAAGCCAACAAGAAUAAGGGGCAGCAGUCAGAGUAUGCUAAACAAUAUGCAUGGGUUCCACCGGGUCUGCAGCAGGGUGUGGUGAGUGUCACAGUAGAGCUCAGUUCACCACAAUUUAUUUGCAAAAGGGAGCAGAACUAUUUAAAAUUGUUUGAACCUGUCACUCUCAGGAGUGACAUGAAGGGAUAUCUCUGCAUUAUAUCACAUCAGUAUACAGCACAUUUUCAAAAUGAAAGGUGAUGAGAGGAAAUUAGAAUGUCAACUACACAAACAUGUGAAUGGGGUAAUAAUUCAGUUUUUACUCACCUUGACAAAAUAUCAUUUUAACCUUUUCAAUCCCAAGAUCUUUUUAGUAAUUCUCCUUACUGUCUGCCAUACAAUUCUGAUAAUGUCAGUUUGGAGAAUUUGGUAUUGGAUCAACUAGUGAUCUUGAGUUGAUAUUUUUCUUUAUUCUCACCACUCAUCUGUUUGACAUUGUAUUGAUUUUGUAAGGAGAAAUUCUUACUUGGUCAUUCACUGGAGGUAAAGGGUUAAGGUUCUUGUGUAUGUAGGGAUAGUCACGUAUGAGGUUUAAAAUGAUUCAGUAUGAUGACUUGCUGGACAUCUUUCUGGGUCAAAUCCCCCUUUACGAAAGUUCAUUUUUUUCCCUCAGUUUGAGCUUCAAGUAAUCAGGCUACCAAUCUUGUAGUUCUUUUUCCUGCACAGCUAAGAAAUAUUAUGUAUUUCCUUCCCAGUUGAUGAAGUACAUGGAGUCACUACCUCCAGAGGUUAAGCCCAAAGUUGGUAGUGAAGGUGCCAAGUAUCGCCGCAAACAGAUGAUGUACCAGCUUCCUAUUCAUGACCAUGAUCCAGAAUAUUGUGACAAUCUAACUGAACCAGAGAAAGCCAGCAUGAGGCAGUUCUGUGAGGAUAGAAACCAGAAUGCUCUUGGGGUUGGUGAUGUGCGUGAAAAAACCAACCCUGUCUCCAAGUGGGUGAGUAAAAAAAAUAAGGAAAAAAGAGCCUAACUUAAAGAUGCAGGCUGUUUCAGUAGCUGAUUUCAUUUAAGCAAGUCUGGAAGUUGGGUCAUAAACCAGAAAGUGCAUAUCAGUCAUUUCCUUAGCUUGAAAGUGAGACAAUCUAUCAGCCAGUCCCACAGCUAGAUAGUCUGUUAGCCAGCCAGCAAGGCAAUCAGCCAUUCCAUCUGUCAGUCAGGCAUCGAGGGAGUUGGUCAGCCAGCUGCUCAGUUUGCCAAGAGGUCAGAUAAAAGUCAGUCCAUUGAUCAGUCAGGCAGUCGGGCAGUCAGUCAGAUAGUCAGAUAGUCAGAUAGUCAGAUGUUAGAUGUAGUCAGUUGGUCAUUCAGACAGUUACAAGUGAAACCAGCCAGUUGUUCAGUUGUUUUUUAAAGCAAUUUAUUAUGUUUGAAUGAAACUCCUAGUCUAACUACUGAAAAAUUUAUUACAGACAUGUUACAGAUGUGGUGGCAAUAUCAAUCUGGGGGAAAUCGCUAUCUUUGCAUCACGUGCCGGAGAGAACAAAUGUUGGCAUCCAGGAUGCUUUGUGUGUACAAUCUGCAACAAUCUAUUGGUGGAUUUGAUUUAUUUUUUCAAGGACGGAGCCAUCUACUGUGGAAGGCACUAUGCUGAGCUGUACAAGCCUCGCUGUGCUGCCUGUGAUGAAGUAAGUCUUGAAGUAGCUGCUGCCUUAAAAUAAUGAUUUUUCUGGGGACUGGUGUGGGUCAGAGGACUGCAAGGGCGGCGACACCUGAACUGGCGCAUUGUAAUCUCUAAAUUUUCUUUUUUCUGGGUUAUUUAAUUUCAUUUUUGUGACUACUGCCAUCUGUAGAAGGGAAAGCCACAUAUGUCAUCGUUAUAACUGAAUGAGUGUAACGAUAGAAUCCUGAUCUUGACCCGAUGUUUCGCGGUGCUGCUUAUUGUUUAUCUCGGAGUAUACAAUGAAAUAGUGGAAUGGCGGAAUGGCGGAAUGGCGGAUUGGCGGAAGGACGGAAUAUCCAAAAAAUAUCCAAAAACGCGGAAUGCCUUUAAAUAUGAAUCUAAAGUCUCAAAAAAUGGAAUUGCUAUGAAAUAAGAAAAUUAUUUAUGACUAGCAGGCGAAAUUAAAAUAAGCAUGUAAAGGUUUUUAUUGGCUAUAUCUUCCUAGAAUUAGAUUUACAAAAUUCCAAGGUUCUAACUCGUCAAAAGAGGCUAUCUGCACUCGUGGAAAACAACUCCUCUCGAAGGCUUAAACUAAAUUCUGGUAUAUAAAAUCUAUGCGUGUGUCAAUAAACGCCUUUUGAUAAGAUAAACAGUAUUCGGUUUCAUGCUCGGUUCUAAUUAAAAAAUAACAUAAAUGUUCACAGUGUUGAGUUCUUAAGGUUUAAUUCUUAAGGUUUGCAAGGUUCAGUUCUGAGAUUCGUGUUCCGUUUCUUCACAAAGCAUAGAUAAUCAUUGGCGGAGUCCAGAGGGUAGUAGAAGGAUGAGGCUUUGAAGCUAGCCCGUUUGAAUUAUUAUUUAAAUUACUACUGUUAUCAUUAUUAUUAUUGUUAAUAUUAUUAUUUGUUGCCAUUUAAUUAUUGGUUGAAUGUCAAUUAGACGUUAUAUUCUUGAAUCGUCUUUCUCUUGUGGAACAGGGUACUCAUAAAUAUGUGGGAUGCAGCAGGUUUUUGUUUCGCAUGUGACAAAUAUUCUGCAACACUACCUUCUAGCGUCAUUAUACAACCUCUUGCUCUUUUCAAUGCAAAAAAAAUUGUGUUAUAUCGGUAGCCACACGCAGUCUUUAACUGUCUCUUUUUGUGUCACAUGAUCUAAUGCGACUGGUUUGGUGCCAGUGUGGUCACCAUCGCACUCCCAUUUUUGCGCACCACCCUCCACUCCCUUCUAAAUUCUCUAGAUCCACCCCUGGGCUCGAUUGUAAUGAUAUUUCAAGAAAGUAUCCCAGGAGAGCCUAAAGUACAAACUUUGAAAAUAAGGGAUUAUGCACUCUCUGAUGAAUACUCCUCGUGACAGUAUUCAAAUCAGUAAUGAAAAAGAUAAAGCCCUCCACUGUUCACUGGGUUUUUUUAGUAAAGAGGUGCUAACAUCAACAGUAGUUUUCAGUGGUACUGAUUUAUCAUUUCCAACAGUGAAAUGGAGUUCGGGGAAGGGAGAAAGGAUUGAUGCAAGAGCAAAUAGUACCCUUGGUGCAAACUCGUUGCAUAUUUGCUCGACCUAAAUUGCGAAGAAGAGCACAUUUUUGUGUGAUCUAAUUUGCAGCGUGAACUCAGAAAAUAUUGAACUCCGAAUAUUCGACUUUGCAAACUUAGGAUUUCAAUUCUUCCGAAUUUCUUUCUUUCCAGUUGAUAUUUAGCCGUGAGUACACCCAAGCAGAGGACCGCAAUUGGCACCGGAAGCACUUUUGUUGUUACGAGUGUGACAGGGAUCUGGGAGGUCUCUUGUAUGUGGCACGUGAUGGUCAUCCACACUGCAUGGAGUGCUACAACCGACUGUACGCGAGGAGGUGUUUUGAAUGCCGGGAAAUUAUCAACGCUGAUGCACAGAGGAUCGAAUACGAGGGGGAGUUUUGGCACGCGACAGAUGUGUGCUUUAAGUGUGGCAUGUGCAAGAGAUCGCUGAUUGGAAAGCAGUUCCUUCGCCAUCCUAGAAAGAAUCAGAUCUUUUGCUCCACGGAUUGUGCCAAAAGGUACUGAGCUGGGAAUAUAGAUUUACAAUGACCAAAGUGGUGACAAGAAGCUCUACUUUAAACGAACACAUUUUUCAGCCUGUAAGGGUGGUGAUUUUUGCGCUUGCUUUGAUGCUGAGUACGGCGUAGCAGCUGCUUGAAGUUGAAGUAGUGACGUAAGCUCUGUUACUCGUAUUCGUAGCUGUGCCGCUUGAUUUUCAUCGAGCGCUCAUUGAAAACCGCCCUCCACUCACGCCUCUAUAUUUUAAUUUAAGAAAGAAGUUGUUAGAUUUUAGUUGGAUCGUUAUGUAUCGCGAGACGAAGGGGUUCAGAAGUUGAAAGGAAAAUUGCAGCCAAAGUUUGAAAAGAGUUCCUGGGAGUGUUGAAAGCUUUUUAAUUAUUAUAAGUGAUGAUUUUAAGGGCUGACACGAUUUCUGUUUUGUCAUGUUAAAUUAUCAGAACACCCUUCAGAUUUGCCAUUUUGACUGAACCCCAUUAAGAAACUUUCAAUUUCCUUAUGAAAUGUCUAGGAAAAUACCAUAUUUGCUAAGUUAUUAACCAUUUCUGCUUCGUUUCCUCCAAUGUCGGGUUUCUUACCAUUUGAAUGCCAAAAGAAGUAAAUUUCUCGUUGUGCGCGAUCAAAUUCAGGCGUUAGGUGGGCUUGCCCAAUGGCCAGUAAUUACAAUUAGAAGACUUCUGAAUGAGGCACGAUAGAAUCUUUGGAAAGUAGCAUAGUGAUUUGAUUUUCGCUUUACUUCAGGUAGAACAAAGCAUCAAACUUUUUUUUCUGCUAACCCGAGCAAUGUUCCUAGGUUUCUUUCAAUUCAUCAGUAUUUUAAGUAACUGACGCCUCUGUACGGCCUCCUAAUUGUAUUGUGGCUGUCAUAUUAUAUUAUCAGUUAUUACAAUUAUGAAACUUUUCUGAUCGUUGUCGGAUUCACUUGCACUGGAGUUCUGUUCAAAAUCCAAAUAAACAUGGAAAAUUAAUCAUAC